ACUUUUCUCGACACCAUUGCCUUUCUUCCCCCCUUCACUCCCUCACUCGCUGCUUCGUACCCGUCUCAAUCCCACCUUCUUCGGCUUCUUUUCCCUUCUUUCUUCCUGAUAAUAAUAAAGUUUGUCCCCCCUUGCUGAGCCCCCCUCAUCGCCAAUAUGCCAGAUCGUUCAAAUGAUAUCUCCCUUGACGACAUAAUCGCACGCGGUAAUUUACCAUCCAUCCUCUUACGCGUUGGGCCUACCUGAGUUAGCCAUACUGACAUUUUCUUGGUGGGGACUGGGCAUCAGACCGCAGAGCCAGAGCUUCUGAAGUUGCCAGCGCAACGCUCGGAAAAGCACGUACUCAAGUAAGUGGUGAUAUUCUCUCGGCAAAGACGCCUCGGGGAGGAGUCGUUGGAGGAAAGGUAUGCAGCUGCCGUCAAUCUUUUAUCGCUCACUAUCUUGGGGGUCUGCGAACCCGAGGGAAAGCCAUCUUUCCCUAAGAAGAAACGUGGGGGAAAGUGAAAAGCCUUCGUCAUCGCCUAUUUCCAGCCUCUCUCUAUAUCUCCUACAAUUACUGGCCGUCUUUUUUUUACCUUUUGUUUUCCAUCGUACCUAAUGCCAAGCUACUUCCUCUAGCGGUCGGGUGCCUCCGGGAGCGGCAUGAGCAGUGGUAGCGGUGCGAAUGGGAAAUGGACGCACGACCUCCACCGCAAGGUCAAUCCAAAUGCCUCGCGAGUAUCCAAGCUUCCAACGACCCUCUCACCGGCCAUCGCACGAUCUCUGCAAAACAACCGACUCUUCGCCGCUCUCCAUGGCACCGCAAAUACCUCCACAACACCCUUUUCUCCUAUCUCUGCCUCGAUGAACACACCUCCACCCGGACUGAGGAGUAAAAACAACGGCGGUAGUGAUGGACUCAGCAUCCGUGGCGCAUCGUCCACAUCCCCUGCCGGCUUCUCGAUCAGAGGCUCUGCGGGUCCAUUCGUCGUGCAGGCCGCGAACUUUGCUCCAGGAACUACCGCUGAAGAUGUCAAAAUGGCCAUGCGAGACCUUGGCAGGAUACUCAGCUGCAUAGUACUAUCCCCCACGCCAUCGGUCACUUGCGAGAUCGUCUUUGAAAAGAAGGACGCUGCGGAUAAUUGUAUCGCGCAGUUCCAUAAUCAACUUGCCGACGGUAGCCCUUCCUCGCCCCUUCAUGAUCCGUGAAGGCAAAAAAAAAAGCAAGAGCUAACCAUGAAUGAACGAACAUGGCAGGCCGUAGAUUAUCUCUGGCCCUCAAAGAGGGCCCACCAAUCAGUCGCCUGAUGCAGAGCCAGAAUUCUACUCUCGGCAAUUCCUCCGCCCGCCUGAACUCUCCCUCGUCUUCGUAUGCUAAUCCCAACGCCGCUAGGGAAGAAGCGGACCGUCAGAGGCGGCAGGCAAACGUUAGCUUUCAGGAUGGAAGUUAUGGGGUACGUCCCCCACCGUUGUAUUCUGAUGCGCUGGUGCAGAAGGGUCGGGGAUUCUCUUCGAGGUAGAUUUGUCGUGGGUGGGCGGGCGCUUUUGUUUCUACUUUUAUUUCUAUAGUUGCACGU